AUUUUUCGCGCGGACAUCCCGGUUUGUUGGAACGUCUGGUCUCGUCGUCUCGUAGGUCUUCAAUAAAACUCUAUCCGGCAACCGGUGGGCCAGUCAAUUCCUGUUCUAGACUCAGACAACAUCCCCAAAAAGAAGGACCCAAUCGUCUCGACGUUGUGGUCGUUGUUGUGUCAAAGUUCGUUAGCCACGAGUAAGGAUCAACCGGGGUGUGUGCCAAGCCAAGUGUGCCCUCUUAUAGAAAAACAACCGAGAAGACCACCCACCUCGAUCAACAGCCAUGGAGGAUCUUCCCAAGGAGCAGGUUGAGCUGCUGAAGAACGCCUUCAAUGCCUUCGAUCAGGAGAAGAACGGCUACAUCGGCACCGAGAUGGUCGGAACCAUCCUGAGCAUGUUGGGCCACUCGCUCGACGACAAGCUGCUCAAGGAAAUCAUCGACGAGGUCGACGCUGACGGUUCCGGCGAGCUGGAAUUCGAGGAGUUCUGUACCUUGGCUGCCCGGUUCCUGGUUGAGGAAGAUGCCGAAGCCAUGCAGCAGGAGCUGAAGGAAGCCUUCCGUCUGUACGACAAGGAGGGUAACGGCUACAUCACCACCGAUGUGCUCCGCGAAAUCCUGAAGGAACUGGACAGCAACCUGACCAACGACGAUCUGGACAUGAUGAUUGAGGAAAUCGAUUCUGACGGUUCCGGAACCGUUGAUUUCGAUGAAUUCAUGGAAAUCAUGACCGGUGGAGACGAUUAAGUUCGCAGAAACGCCUCUUCCAUCAUUCGUUUUCUUUUCUGUUCAUACUUUACCUAGCCUUACGUUCGUCUAUUUAUUAAUCUGAUAAAAUACGUUUUAUACAAAUAAAAAACCAGACAAUCUCACAACUAGAAUACGUAUUCCGGAAUACUUCGUACCAAUUGUUUUGGAUGUUUAACUAGCAGUUUCACAAUAGAAGCCAAUAAUGCUGUUAAUCAAGCAAGGAAUCUUUCUCCCAAGUGGGAAACUUUCCUCAGUUUUCUCUAUUAGAAAAAAAAACCAAACCAAGCAGUGUGAAAUAUGGAUUAUUCUUAGACUUUUUCAACUGUUUCUUAACUCUAGAGUUUCCCUCCCCAAACAUUUGAGGGAAGGGAAGUUUGUUGAUAUUGCAAUCGAUUGAUAGUUCUUUGUUUCGUGUUUGAUGAAAUGUUGAUACAUAACUCGAGCAAUUGGCCUUUCAUCCAUAGCGUUUCAUUGAGUUUCAGCAGAGCAUUAAGAAAAAUUGGAAUGGAAAUUGAUGUAUAGCGCAGUGCAGAAUAAAAUCUACCUUGUACUGAAUUCGUAAA